AGUCGUGGGCAAUCUUUGCAGCUUCUCUAGCUGCUGGCUUUUUGGAACCGCACUCUCAGGUCCCUGCCUUCUCCCAGGCUUCUAGAAUUAAUCACCUCUUGAAACUUCCUGAGAGUAGAGGAGGUGGGGAGCUGGCCUGGAGGGAACGGCUUGUGCUGCCACUGGCACCCCUUGGCAUCCGGGUCUUCAGUAGAGUCUGGCAGCCGCCUCAGGGCUAGCAACAACCAGUGGCUGAGUCCUGCUCAGGGACAAAAAAAAAAAAAAAAAAAAAAAAAGCACGUGUCUGCAUUUAGAGAAUGCAAAAGAGAGAAUGUUCACCUGCCAGGCAUUCCACUUGCCCAUGAGUCUCUGAGAGCGUCAUGUCUAUCUGUACCUCUUCUCACAAGGAUUUUUCUCAGCUGCGACCUGCUCAAGACAUGGAGAUCAAAAACUCACCAUCAAGCCUUACUUCCCCUCCCUCCUAUAACUGUAGCCAGUCCAUCCUACCCCUGGAGCACGGCCCCAUCUAUAUCCCUUCCUCCUAUGUAGAGAGCCGCCAUGAAUAUUCAGCUAUGGCAUUCUAUAGUCCUGCCGUGAUGAACUACAGUGUUCCUGGCAGCACCAGUAACCUGGAAGGUGGGCCUGUUCGACAGACCACAAGCCCAAAUGUGCUAUGGCCAACUUCUGGACACCUCUCUCCUUUAGCCACCCAUUGCCAAUCAUCGCUUCUGUAUGCGGAACCUCAAAAGAGUCCUUGGUGUGAAGCAAGGUCACUAGAACACACCUUACCUGUAAACAGAGAGACAUUGAAGAGGAAGCUGAGUGGGAGCAGUUGUGCCAGCCCUGUUACUAGUCCAAAUGCAAAGAGGGAUGCCCACUUCUGCGCCGUCUGCAGCGAUUACGCAUCUGGGUAUCAUUACGGUGUCUGGUCGUGUGAAGGAUGUAAGGCCUUUUUUAAAAGAAGCAUUCAAGGACAUAAUGAUUAUAUCUGUCCAGCCACGAAUCAGUGUACCAUAGACAAGAACCGGCGUAAAAGCUGCCAGGCCUGCCGACUUCGCAAGUGUUACGAAGUAGGAAUGGUCAAGUGUGGGUCCAGAAGAGAAAGGUGUGGGUACCGUAUAGUACGGAGGCAGAGGAGUUCCAGCGAGCAGGUGCACUGCCUGAGCAAGACCAAGAGAAACAGUGGGCACGUACCCCGGGUGAAGGAGCUGCUGUUGAGUGCCCUGAGUCCGGAGCAGCUGGUGCUCACCCUGCUGGAAGCUGAGCCACCCAAUGUGCUAGUGAGCCGUCCCAGCAUGCCCUUCACCGAGGCCUCCAUGAUGAUGUCCCUCACUAAGCUGGCUGACAAGGAACUGGUGCACAUGAUUGGCUGGGCCAAGAAAAUCCCUGGCUUUGUGGAGCUCAGCCUGUUGGACCAAGUCCGGCUCUUGGAAAGCUGCUGGAUGGAGGUGCUGAUGGUGGGACUGAUGUGGCGCUCGAUCGACCACCCUGGCAAGCUCAUCUUUGCCCCGGACCUUGUUCUGGACAGGUCCUCAGAAGACCCUCACUGGCACGUUGCACAGAUGAAGAGUGCUGCCCCAAGGGAUGAGGGGAAAUGCGUAGAAGGGAUUCUGGAAAUCUUUGACAUGCUCCUGGCGACGACAUCAAGGUUCCGUGAGUUAAAACUCCAGCACAAAGAGUAUCUCUGUGUGAAGGCCCUGAUCCUCCUCAACUCCAGUAUGUACCCCCUGGCGACAGCAAGCCAGGAGGCAGAAAGUAGCCGGAAGCUGACACACCUAUUGAAUGCAGUGACAGAUGCCCUGGUCUGGGUGAUUGGGAAGAGUGGUAUCUCCUCCCAACAGCAGUCAGUCCGCCUGGCCAACCUUCUGAUGCUUCUUUCUCAUGUCAGACACAUCAGUAACAAGGGCAUGGAACAUCUGCUCAGCAUGAAGUGCAAAAAUGUGGUCCCAGUGUAUGACCUGCUGCUGGAGAUGCUGAAUGCUCACACGCUUCGCGGGUACAAGUCCUCCAUCUCGGGGUCUGAGUGCAGCUCAACAGAGGACAGUAAGAGCAAAGAGGGCUCCCAGAACCUACAGUCACAGUGAUGGCCAGGCCUGAGGCGGACAGGUUACAGAGAUGGUUGAAGUGGAACAUGUACCCUAGCAUCUGGGGCUUCAUCUUAGGGUUGCUUUGGUCACGUACCCCUUCCCCACAUUGAACUUCCCAGGAGUCAGGGUGGUUGUAGUGCUUCUUGUAUCAGGAUGUACCGUUGAAUGCUGACUUCUAACUAAUAUAGCCUUAGAAGGUUCUCGGUGUACCUGCCAUCUCCUUUCCGACUUGGAAAACAUCUCAAAAGUUCUGGAAUGAAAGGUCAAAGUCUGACUUGGAAGGAUUGGCCUUAGACAGGAAAACGAAUGUGACAUGAGACACAUCUAUAAGAAAUGAACUGUAGAAGGGUGUGGCCAUAAAAUCAACCUUUGAAUGGUGUCUUCUAGACCACUUGAUUGUGGGAUUGAAAACCACAUUGACAAUCAACUCAUUUCGAAUUUCUAUCUCACAGGCCUGUGAGGACUCAUGACACGUUAUGGGUUAUUCUAUCAAAGACUAGAAAGAUAAUCGUCAAGUUUAGAUGUGACCUGUUCCUCCUCCAGAUCCCCUUGCUGUCUAUGUGCAGAUUCAUUCUGCUUGGGUUACAGUCCUAGAGCCUGCUUAUUUGGUCUGACUGGUCACUGUCAUGGAUUAAGAUUUAAAUCUUUUUCUAAUUUGACUUCCUUG